GGUUAUUUGUAGUACAGCGAGGUUUACAAUGAAUAACUUCUCUUAAAUAAACACAUGAUAAAAUGCAUGUAUUCAGGAAUAGAAAUCUUUAGCUGCUUGGUCUCUUUGCGGUCGGUUUUGGAUCCACAGACAUUAUAUACCGAUCUCAGAAACUGCGAUUUUGGAUAUACGCAGCUCAAGUUCAUUGAAGCGCCAUAGUCGAAACAACUGACACACAGUCGAUGUUUCAAGGAUGUAUAUGAUGUUAGAAAUUAUCUUCACUCUCCUGCUUGCCUGUGGUGUGUUUUUUGGGGGGUUAUUCUUUGUACGAGUAUAUCAGCAGAGCCCGGGUCAUAGUGAAGAAGAAGAUGAUAAUGGUGAUGAUGAUGAUGAAGACUGUUUAGGAUUUGAAGAUCUCAGAACGAACAAAUAUACAGGCGAUACAGUUGUUGAAAAUGCUGGUAUUGAAAGGUGGGAGGCCAUACAGGAAGGCAAAGACGUAAAGCAACACUUUAUCAAGUACGGACUAAAAGGUAUUAAAAGUGUUCUGAGACAAAACAUGAACGCUUGGAAAAGUAAACCUCUAAACAUUGCUGUGACUGGAGAAUCGGGAAAGGGCAAGUCCAGCUUUAUAAAUGCUUUCCGAGGUUUGUCUGCAGGAGAUAUAGGUGCUGCAGAAAUUGAUGAAGAAGAAUGUACAAGAGAUUGUCGACCUUUUCGUCAUCCGAGAUACGACAGUUUUGUUCUUUGGGAUGUUCCAGGGGUUGGGACAAACGAAUUUCCUAAAGAGAAAUACUUGAAUGCUAUCAAGGUCGACAGAUUUGAUUUCUUCAUGAUAAUUUUUUCAGCUAGAUUUUCUGAAUUAGAUUCUUGGCUUGCCGGAGAAAUAAAGAAAAGGAAAAAAGGAUUCUACUUCAUUCGUACGAAAAUUGAUAUCGAUAUGGAAAAUAAGAGAAAAAGAUUUGGAAAGCGUGGUCUGGACUUCAGCGAAAACGAGGAAUUCCAAAAGAUGAAAUCUGAAGUAUCUCAAAAGCUACACCAUGUUUUUCAAGAAGAAAAUAUACAUUUCUUUAUGAUUUCAAACUAUCAUCCGGACAAAUAUGACUUUCCAUCCAUUCUGGAUCAGUUACUACUUGAUGUGCCAGCUGAAAAGAUAGGUGCGAUGGUGUUUGGACUCGGAGGAAUGCCAAAAAAUAUUCUCGAAGAAAAGGCAUCAGCACUUAAGUCACGAAUAUGGAAAGUAGCUCUGUUGUCUGGAGUAGGAGCUGGUAACCUGGUACCAUUCGUCUCAGCUGGCAUCGAUACAGCGCUUAUUCUUGAAGAGAUUCUUUUUUAUAGAAAACAAUUCGGCCUAGAUGAUCAGUCCCUUGAACAUCUUGCGUUGAUGGUCGGCACGUCGCUAAAAGAUCUCAAAAGCUCCGUCGAGUUCAGAACACCACAAAAAUUGUUUACUUCAGCAGGAUUGGCCAAAUUUUUUACGAAAUACGCAGUAAGAGAAGUUGGUAAAACGGUUGUGAAAUAUACGAUUCCAGUUGUUGGAGUAGCAAUUUCCUGUGGCGUGUCAUUUUCUACUACGAUGGGAAUACUUGAUUGCCUUAUUGAAACUAUGAAACAAGACGCCCUGAAUGUUUUGGUGUAUGUCACUACAAGCAGAGAAACUGUGGUGUAAUUCAAUAGAACCUACCUAAUACCUAAAGACAAUCUGUUAGACAACACUUUUGAGCCUAAAUUCACUUCUUUCAUUUUAGUUAAUUUUAACCUGUGAAUAAAGACGCCCUCUACGUUAAUACCACAUUUUGAUUCACAAGCAUAGACCUUAAAUAUAGAUUUGACAGCGGCUAAUAAUUAAUAAUGAUGUCAUUUGCAUUAUUUUGGGCUUAAUGUGUAAAUACUUGAAAAGAGAUGUUUUUUUUUUUAUUUUAAUCAACCUGUUGUAGAAAAUGUGAAGGCAUUGAUAUACCUUAGACCGACUGAAAGAAUACUGUAAUCAUGAGGGUGAAGGGCACAAAGGUCACGUGAAUAUAUUCUAAAAUUUGUUCAUUUAAAAGCAUGUAAGACAUGCUUUUAGUUUUAUAUACACAUACCCCUUGACACUGUUACCCCAGAUAACAUCACAAUCUGUAUGGUAGGUUUCCUUUCCAGUUUUAUUGAACUAUUUUAAAUCCAUCUCAACAGAUACGGUUUUGUAUAUUAAUGCUUUUCUUAUAAAACAGGAAUGUUUUUUUACUGAUAAAACUGUUUGAAAAUUUU